CGAGUUCGACUGCAAGGAGCUGGAGUCCCUCUUCCAGAGAUGCAACCUGAAGCUGGAGCAGACCUCCACCCUCAAGGCGCUGGCCGUGCUCAUCGUGCUGACCGCCAGCCUGGCCCUGCUGGAGCUGCUCUCCGGCCCCAGCCUGACCAUCUCCAAGGGCUCGCACCCGGUGCACUGCAUCAUCUUCCUCUCCCUCUUCAUCGUCACCAAUGUCAAGUACCUGCAGGUCACCCAGCUGCAGCAGAUCGUCAAGCUCACCCUGCUCUUCAGCUUCACCUUCUCCUUCCUCUGCUGCCCCUUCUCGCUGGGCGCCUACGGCAUGGAGCCCCCCAGCGCCCCCGAGCAGGGCAUGUGGCAGCUCAUGCUGGUCACCUUCGUCUCCUACUCGCUGCUGCCCGUGCGGACCCUGCUCGCCAUCGUUUUCGGGCUGGUGGUGUCCGUCUCCCACCUCAUCGUCACAGCCACCUCGGUCAGUGCCAAGAGGCAGCGGCUCUGGAGGACGCUCAUGGCCAAUGCUAUCCUUUUUGUCAGUGUAAACUUAUAUGGGCUCUUUGUGAGGAUUUUGACGGAAAGGUCUCAGAGAAAGGCAUUUCUUCAGGCCAGGAACUGCAUAGAGGACAGGCUACGGCUGGAGGAUGAAAAUGAAAAACAGGAGCGUCUCCUGAUGAGUCUUUUGCCCAGGAACGUUGCCAUGGAAAUGAAGGAAGAUUUCCUGAAGCCACCCGAAAGGAUUUUUCACAAGAUUUACAUUCAAAGGCAUGACAAUGUUAGCAUUUUGUUUGCAGACAUUGUGGGGUUCACUAGUUUGGCAUCACAGUGCACUGCUCAAGAGCUGGUGAAGCUUCUGAAUGAACUCUUUGGGAAGUUUGAUGAAUUAGCUACAGAAAACCACUGCAGAAGAAUUAAAAUUCUAGGGGACUGUUACUAUUGUGUAUCAGGAUUGACACAGCCCAAGACUGACCAUGCCCACUGCUGUGUUGAAAUGGGACUGGAUAUGAUUGACACUAUCACGUCUGUAGCAGAAGCCACUGAAGUGGAUCUCAACAUGAGAGUUGGACUACACACAGGCAGAGUGCUUUGCGGGGUCUUAGGUCUCCGCAAAUGGCAAUAUGAUGUCUGGUCAAACGAUGUGACUCUGGCAAAUGUAAUGGAAACUGGAGGAUUGCCUGGGAAAGUUCACAUAACAAAGACCACUUUAGAGUGCCUAAAUGGUGACUAUGAGGUAGAACCAGGAUACGGCCAUGAAAGGAACAGUUUCUUGAAGAAGCAUAAUAUUGAAACUUUUUUUAUUGUGCCAUCCCACCGGAGGAAGAUAUUUCCAGGGCUGAUUCUCUCAGACAUAAAGCCUGCCAAAAGAAUGAAGUUCAAAACAGUCUGCUACCUGCUGGUCCAGCUCAUGCAUUGUCGUAAGAUGUUCAAAGCUGAGAUACCUUUCUCCAAUGUCAUGACAUGUGAGGAUGACGAUAAGAGGAGAGCAUUAAGGACAGCCUCUGAAAAACUCAGGAAUCGCUCCUCUUUUUCUACCAAUGUGGUAUACACCACUCCAGGAACUCGAGUAAACAGAUACAUCGGCCGUUUGAUAGAGGCCCGGCAAACAGAGUCUGAGAUGGCUGAUUUGAAUUUCAUUACCCUCAAGUAUAAACAAGUUGAACGUGAGCAUAAAUACCACCAGCUUCAGGAUGAAUACUUCACCAGUGCUGUAGUUCUUUCACUAAUUCUAGCUGCCUUAUUUGGCCUUGUCUACCUUCUAAUAAUCCCACAGAGUACGGUCGUCCUUGUCCUCCUGGUGUUCUGCAUAUGCUUCCUAGUGGCUUGUAUUAUGUACCUACAUGUCACACAAGUACAAUGUUUUCCAGGGUGCCUGACAAUACAAAUUCGUACCAUUUUGUGUAUUUUUAUUGUGAUCUUAAUUUACUCUGUGGCUCAAGGGUGUGUGGUUGGCUGCAUGCCUUGGGUAUGGAACACGAAUUCCAGCAGUUCCAUAGUUAUCAUUUCUCCUGGUGGAAUGAAUAAAACCAUGAAUGAACUUCCAUGUGAUACAGCCCAUUAUGCUUUCCUCUCCUGUGUGGUGGGGACUCUUACAUUGGCAAUAUUUCUACGUGUCUCUUCCUUGCCAAAAAUGAUCCUCCUGCUUUUUGUUACUAUUUUGUACAUAGCUGUUCUGGAACUCAGUGGAUACAGAAAAGCAGUAGGGGGUGGCUCCUUUUAUAUGCAUGGCUAUGAACCUAUAUUAGCCAUCUUGCUGUUUUCUUGUGCUUUGGCACUUCAUUCCAGGCAGGUGGAUUUGAAAUUACGUCUGGACUACCUCUGGGCUGUGCAGGCAGAAGAAGAGAGAGAUGAUAUGGAGAGAGUAAAGCUGGAUAAUAAAAGAAUUCUCUUCAAUCUCUUGCCAGCACAUGUUGCACAGCACUUUCUUAUGUCUAACCCAAGGAACAUGGACCUUUAUUACCAGUCAUAUUCACAAGUGGGAGUGAUGUUUGCUUCCAUCCCAAAUUUCAAUGAUUUCUACAUUGAACUGGAUGGCAAUAACAUGGGAGUGGAGUGUUUACGCCUCUUAAAUGAAAUUAUUGCCGAUUUUGAUGAGCUUAUGGACAAAGAAUAUUAUAAGGACAUAGAAAAGAUCAAGACAAUUGGCAGUACAUAUAUGGCAGCUGUAGGACUUGUACCAACUACAGGAACUAAGGCUAAAAAAUCAAUUUAUUCCCACUUGAGUACACUGGCAGAUUUUGCAAUAGAGAUGUUCGACGUCCUUGAUGAAAUCAACUAUCAGUCUUACAAUGACUUUGUCCUCCGAGUUGGUAUUAAUGUUGGGCCUGUAGUGGCAGGAGUUAUUGGGGCGAGAAGACCACAAUACGAUAUCUGGGGCAACACUGUAAAUGUGGCUAGCAGAAUGGAUAGUACUGGAGUGCAGGGUAAAAUUCAGGUGACAGAAGAAGUUCAGCGGAUAUUAAAGAGGUGCAGUUACGAGUUUGUAUGCCGAGGUAAAGUCAGUGUAAAGGGAAAAGGCGAAAUGUUGACCUAUUUUCUCGAAGGCAAGUCCAAUGGAAAUAAUACACAAACACGGUCUUUAAACUUAGAGCGGAAAAUGUAUUCCUAUGGGAGAACAAACAUUCAAACCAAACUGGGGACCAGUUGUCCAUCAGUGUCCUCAGUUGCCAGCUUUACUGUAAAAGCUGGGCUUGGAGCACUUCAAGCUCCAACAACCCACACAAAUCAAACAUUGCAUUACCUUCCAUCUGUGCCAGCUAUCAAAGAAGCAUAGAGCAGAGAAAAAUUGGUUACGCCAUUCGCAGUGAUCUUAGAGAGCAGAAGUUGCCUGAAUUUUCACCAGGAGAUCAAGGAUCAUAGGCCAUGGCAUCAACCAAGGAUCACUACAACCCAACCAAAGAGAACUUGGGACCUGCAUAAAUGAACUCUUGGAAUGGAACAAAUAAGGGCUAGCAAUUCAGUUAGGAAAAGUCUAAAACUGAUUUUUUGGGAAUAGGGAAUAUUUUCUUGGCAUUUUUAAAGGAUAAAUGCUAUAACUGAAAAAAGUGUACAAGUGACACUGUAUUUGUGUGUGUAUGUGUAUGUAUAUAUAAGCUAUAAAUGCACAUAUACAAACACUCAUAUAUAGAGAUAAAUAAUAGAAAUUUAUAUAUAUAAAAAUAUGUAUUUAUUUACACAUCCACCUGCAAUAGCAAAAGGGAGAGGUUUCUCUUUACCACUAUAUCCAGUAUUGUUGGGUCUGAGGUUAGUAAAGCUGCUAUUAGGAAAGGAGGGUGAGAUGACCAAAAAUUAUCUGAGGCUGUAGUAAGAAUUAUAGAAAGCUUGCCCACUGCUUGAAAUAAGUAAAUGAGAACUUGCCAGCAAUUGGUCAAUGAAGGCUGAAUUAAAGCCAACUGCUAAAUUGAGGUAUCUUUUAAAGUUUUAUUUGCAUGUUCAGUACCUUUCAAAACUUUCCAGUUACAAUUACAACAUAAGCCUAUGAGUUAGACAAAAAGCAGGACCUAGGAAUUUGACCAGAUACUAUUAAAUAUUUUAUUGCAUUGACAAAGAAGAUUGCUAAAAUACUCUCUGUCUGUAGGACAUUUUGGCCUUGUGUGAGACAGAGAUGCCACCCUGGAAGCACAGCAAUAUGCUUAUGCAAUAUAGAAACAGUCUUCGCUAUAUUCUACAAAUUGUCAAUGAUAUUGAUAGUAGAAAGCAAUGGGAUGCUCUCUUUUUGUAGUUGUAGAUUUUCACUGAAAGCACAGAUUUUCUAGCUCAGUGAGGAUUUAGGAUUGUUUGAAUUGUUCAACGGGCUGACCAGUACCAAUUGCAAAUGUGCUGUUAGUAUUGAUAUAUUUGUACAUUUGCCAACUAAUUUUUAAAUUGUGAUGCCACUGUUUUAUUAUAUAUCCUGAUUCAACACCAGGCAUGUUCUUCUUAGUUUUGCAAUAGAGAAAGCAUAUACCUGUUUUGGAAGAUAGGAUUCUGAAAAGCAAGCACACCAGACUUUCUCCAAAUGAAGAUCAUGCUGGUAAACUUGCCCAGAGUUUGAGGAACUGCUCUUAAUAUGCAUAGAAGGAACAUACUUCAGCUGCUCUCUUCUCUAAUACAUAGAUGCAUUCCACAAAGAAUACCUGUCUCAGCAUGCAGUGUUUCAUAUUGAGUCAACAUAAUGUGGCAUGCACUUAUGUAUUAAAGAUGAGGACAGUGGGUCAUAUUGCGGAGCGUUUUAGGCCACAGAUAGUUCAUGGUUUGCGGCCAUACAACAUCCCCAGGUACUGGCAGCACACACAAGUGACAUACACAUUGUCACUAGGAGAGGCAAAAAAACUAGUUUUGUUUAAAAAUAUUUUUAAAAUGCAGAUAUGCCGAAUGUACCAUAGAACAAAACUUGUAUUUGCUGUACAAGUUUCUUACUAUCUAAUGCACAUGCUGUUUGCAAAAUUCUCAUCUCUGGGCAGGUGCCACUAGAAUUUUGGUAUUGGUUUCAGUGGGACCAGGUUUGGGUUUUACAUUUUGUUUGUGAUUUUGGGUUUGUGAUUUUAAUACUAGAGGCUUUUAUUUGGAGUAGGCUUUUGUCAUGGAUAAGUCUAUCAUCUUAUACCACACUCAAACUACUGUGGCAUGUGGAAACCUGUAUUAAGCUGUAGAGUAUACAGCCCAGUCAGUUUUUACAUGCCACUUCUUUUGUAAGCUGGCCAUCCAUAUGUCAAUGUUCUUAAAUCAUCAUUACAUUCACCCAAGAGUUCAGAAGGGACUCAAAUUUAAAAUAGCAGAGCUACUAACUAUUGAAUAUAACCUGUCACUGAAAUCACUCUGUACCAGAUGAUUGGAAGACAGCUAAUGUAUUGCCGUUUCUUUAAAAAGAACUUCAGAGGAUAUUCUGGCAAUUGCAGGUUAGUGAGCCUAGCUCGAGUACCAGGCAAAUUGAUAGAAACAAUAGUAAAGAACAAAAUUAUCAGACACCUAGAAAAACAAGAUUUGUUGGGGAAGAGUCAAUGUGGCUUUUGUAAAGGGAAAUCAUGCCUCACCAAUCUAUUAGAAUUUAUUGAGAGAGUCAACAAGCUUAUGGAUAAGAGUGAUCCAAUCAGUAUAGCGUUCUUGGAUUUUCUGAAAGCUUUGGACAAGAGCCCUCAUCACAGGCUCUUAAGGAAACUAAGUAAUCGUGGGAUAAGAAGGAAGAUCCUCUUAUGGAUCUAUAACAGAUCCCAAGAUAGGAAACAAAAGCUAGGAAUAAAUGGUGAGUUUUAACAAUGGAGCUAGGUAAUCAGCAGAACAGGGUCCCCCAAAUAUCUCUACUGGAACCUAUGCUGUUCAACAUAUUCAGUAAUGAUCUGGAAAGGAGGUUAAUGGUUGAAGUGUCACAGUUUACUGAUGACACAAAAUUAUUUAAGAUAGUUACGUUGAAAGAAGACUGAGGUGUUACAAAGGGAUCUCAUAAAACCUGGAUGACUGGGCAGCAAAAUGGCGGAUUAAAUUUAAUGUUAAUAAGUGCAAGCACCUGGGGGAAAAAAUCCUAUCCAGGAGAGCUAACAGCUUCCACAGGCCCCUCGGGCAAGCUGGGGGAGGGAGGCAGAAGGGGCAGUGUCUGUACCUCCAAAAGGGAACGGGCUUUGGGUGGAAGGGGCCAGGUCAGUGCAGCCAGACCUCAGCACUGCCCCCCGCCCAGGGCCGGCCCACAACAUUUUGGCACCUGAGGCAGGGAGCUCAAAUGACACCCCCAUUCCCCGUCA